GAAUGAAUAAAAACAUUCAGAGCUAAAUCACAUUUCUGCUAAAGUAAAAAGUGAUGACAGCUUUAACUGCAUUCAGGCAGAAACUCCAAACCCAUUAAACAAACAGUGACGUAGUCAGACAGAGGUGGUGAACUACGCAGCCUGUGGCAGCCAGACGUAAUUAGACUGUAUGAUAUUCGGACAGAAAAGGCUCUGAGAAGAAUCUGAGACGUGAUCGUAGCUUUUUAAGAGUCUGUGCAGUGAUUCAGAGCCAGUGAUGAGAGAGUGCUAAACAAAGCAAUGCAUUGAUAUAAUCUCUCUCCUCAAGGUCAGCAAAGAGGGGAAUUUAAAAUGCCAUAAGAUAAGACUACAGUCAUGCUGGAAACACGACGAGACGGCGAACGUGUGCAGGAGAGACGCUCGCAUGAGUGAGGUUAAUAACAGGCAGUAAUGACAUAUCGGUUUGUAGGAGGGAAACACAAGAAUCAGCAUGAUUAGAGGUAUUGUUAAAAGUCAACGAGGCAUCAUGCUGACAGUUACUAUUACGCUUCAGCUCUCCGGUUAUAAAAUGCUAAAUGAGAACUCACUCCUUUCAUUCUGCUCCUGACCCGCCAUCCUCCAGAGAGCUGAAAUGUCCUGAUCUUCCUGACCAACGAUCCAAGGUUGGGAAUCAACUCCGUCAAGCUCUAAAGAAACGUCCGUGGUGGAAAUUACUCCGAAAAGCCUUCUUACUUUUUGGAUGAGAUUUGGAUUCUUUGCAGCUUUCUAUCUUCACACCUUGUUGAUUUUUUUCAGUUUAAUGAAAUCCUCUUCAUGGGAUAAUAUGUUCUGGGUUGGACUGCGUUUAACCCGAAGAAAAUGCGCUUAACUGACUGUCAGGUCUGUUUGAUUUGAGUAUUUGAAGAUAAACAUGAUUUUAAGGCGUGCUGCUGUUUUUUCAAGACUUGCGAAUUGAAGAUUUUGUCAGAACAACAAGCCUGACUUUUGGUUUUUCUGACCUGAGGCUUGUGCUGUUAUUGAGGAUACAAUCAUGGUGAUGUCACAGGGUACCUACACUUUCCUGGCAUGUUUUGCUGGAUUCUGGCUAAUAUGGGCCCUUGUCGUGAUGGUUUGCUGCUUCUGCAGCUUUGUGCAGCGUAAACUGAAGCGCCGGCGUGAUGAGAGGUUGAGGGAGCAGUGUCUGAGGGCCUUGGAGAUGGAGCCUUUGGAGUGUACAGGAGCGACGUACUCUCUGAGAGAACCACCUCAGUUCUGUCCACUGCCUCAAUUGAUGUCUCCACAGCUGCCAGUCGCUCAUACAAUUCCUCAAGGGAGCUGGACACCACCACCAGCUCCCGUCCACACCGUGGAUAACGACGCCUGUGGAAAGCCGCCUUGCUACGAGGAGGCUGUCCUGAUGGAGGAUCCUCCCCCCCCUUACAGCGAGGUCCUUGCCGAUCCCAGGGGUGGAACGUACACCAAACCGAAACUGAGAUCCUCCAGGGAGCAUCAGGAAUCAGAGACCAGAAAGAUGGUGCCCGUGACGGUGUUUUCCGAGCGUGGCUACUCGUCACUGAUCCGCUUGCCCUCAGCCAGGCGCUGGGACUCUCUGGACCACCUGCUCUCCAAUGUAGACCUUAACCACUCCAGCAUGGCGUUGGAGCCGCACGCCUCGGCGAUGGCCACGAUGCCCCGUGACGGCCGCAUUCACAUGGACUUAGGCCUACGCAGCCUACGACCGCUGGACCACAGCUACGGCCUGCCCACUGCUUUCCCUCUGCUGGGACGAAGCACGGCCGUGUGAAAAAUUAAGUGGACCACUGUGUGACUUUCAGAGGAAAAGCGUCAGGACUUUCUCCAAAAAACUCAAAAGACUCUCAGUUGCUUCAUUUCAAGAGGAAGAAUAUGUAUGACAGAUGUAUUUCUCCAGCUCUUUCAUUCUUUCUUUCGCUGUGUGGCGUCUCUGCCUGAUGCAGAGCCUUAGCUAUUAUGUGAGCAUUGUUGCCAUGGUUCCUGGGCCUCUCUUCUUCCUCUUUUUUUUCUUCUCAACAGCCUUGGACCGAUGUAACAUGAGCAGGAUUUGAAAUUCUGUUUUGUAAAGUAGAUACAGCACAAGGCCACAACAUAGCAAAACAUUCACGCUCUGUACCGUAUCAUAUCAACGCCCGGGAGUCGGACCGCGUUAGAACCGAGGCUUAAACGAACAGACGCUCGAAUCCGUGUAAACAUUUUUAAUGUUUUCUAAGAAGAUCCAUCACUCCUUCUGGCUUUUGUUAACAGAUCGCAUCUUUAUCUGGAAUUUUGAAGUUAACAUUGCAUACUAUACUGUUUAAUAAAGGAGGUUUCUUUUCCUCUUUAUGUCAUCGAAGGGGUGGUUUUGUAAAAAAAAAAAAGCUAAAUAAUAAUUAUAAUAUUAAUAACAAUCAUAAUCAUAAGCAACUGUCGUGGUGCAGUCUGUCUCUCAGACGAGGUUCAACAUGCUGCUGAAGUGUACAAAAUGUACUGUAUAAACUGUGAAAAAUGACCUUAUUGCUCUAACAAGGUAAUGAACCGAUGAAAUACAGAAAGUUUUUUUUUUUUUUUUGAGGAUCGAAUAUAUGAUGUUUAGAAUAAUGACGCGCUCUAAAAGAAGCGAUAAACAUCUGCUGUUUUCAUUUGCUUGGAUCGUCUCUUGCAGCUUUUAAUUCGUUAGCACAUGCGGGUAAAAUGAGAGACAACCAUCGAUUUUUUUGUGUUUAAAAACUUUUAUACUGACGCAUUUUUCAUGUCCCGGUUUGUUUCUCAGACUGAACACAUGGUUACACCGAAACCUCACUUAAAGAAUGUGAAUUAAAAUUCAGAAGCAUGUAUUUUCUCACCUUGUAUUUCUUUCUGAAAUUAAGCGCUUCUUCUUUACUUCCUGUAGCAGUAUUCGUUCGAAUGUGUUUGUCUAUCACUUCUGAUUGGAUAAACAGUUGUGUUUUUUUAAUGGAGCUUUUCCACCAAGAGUGCUGAAUGCUGCAUCGUGUAAAAGCCAUGAUUUCAUUUUGACGGCAUCGUUGUCUCUUAUAGUCCUUUGUAAUUCCGUCUUGUGGCCCUCGCUCAGCUUUCGCUUGGCUCUCGUUCACCCUAAUGGCCGUCUUUGUUAACGUCUCAGAAUCCGGUCCAUUCUUCCAAAUUUAAUAGAUGUUUGAUUAGAAUUCAUUAAGGGGUGAGAUGAGAAACACUUUAUUUAUUUAGUUAUUAUUAAAAUGCUGCAUUCAGUGAUGUCUAUGGGUUUGUAGGAACUAUUUAUUUAGACCCUGAAUGUUACCACCUGUGACCAAACUGCUAGAAAACACAGCACAUUCUCUUUUCCACCUUUAGUGUAUUUUCUACCAGACAGGAACCUUUAACCUUUUCAACAAUUAUUAGAUUCCACAGAUUAGAAAUCUUUCACUAAAUGUGAUCUAAAACCUCACUGAAAUUGUUCAAGUGAAAACCUAAUUAUAAACCU